AUGCUCGUCAUCAUCACCCCUUGGACAGCAUACAACAGCCAGUCAAGCUGCGUUCCAGACGUGAGGACAAUUGUUCACGACUUUCUUUCAAUUUCACUCAUCGUCAUCACUAGGCUUCAGAUGCCCCCGAUUCAGGACUAUGAGGUGGAUAGCGAGAGCGCCAAGGACCAUGUACAUUUGUCCAAAAUCAUUGGGAUGUACUGGAAAUCUUUGUUGCACGAAGAACGCGAGAGCUUGGAGGCCAAAGCCGUAAUUGCUCAAGCUGAACACCAUAACAAGUACCCUGAUUGGAGGUUCCGACCGGGGCCAACGCGAUGCCAAAUCUCACGAUCAAGGAUGGCGGUGCAGUCAUUCGAAGAAGAAGCACUCGGAGUCGCAAAAAGGACCCUCCUGACACUAGUGAUGCCGGCGCGGGGGAUGAAAGGGAAGAUUGAGCAAAAGACAAAGGGGAAGGAAGAGUCAAGGUGCGAGAAAAUUGCGAACUUGCUUGUGGAGGGAAGAAGGGCGCCGAUUUGGGAAAGGCUACGAGUGGGAGGGAAUGUUGAUGAGGGCGAGAGCUCGGAUUAUCUUUCUGGCUCACCCUCCUCCGUUAGACCCCGCCGCUCUCGAAAGACAACGAUCCCUGACGUCGAUUCUAUCCCUCGGGUCACCGUCACCGCUCAUGUCGAGACAACCCCAAUGCGAGAUGUUUCUCAGCCCGACUCUACCUCCACUCAAAUUCAAUCCGACGACCCUUCACCCCCUCCCGUAGGCCUCUCCGCAGUCCCGCUAAUCCACCUGUUCAAACACACACCCUCCCUUCCGUCAAGUAACCCGCGCUUAACACUCCCUGCAUCUCAAAUCACUCUCCCCUCUGACGCCGCGUCGCCAGGAGACUGGAAAGCCAGCAGGAUUGGUACACCAGGCACACCAUCAUUGCGUCGUCACCCCCAAAAAUGCAACCACAGGAGAUACCGCCGCAUCAUUCCCGCUCCUCUGCACUCCCUUUACACCCUCGACAUCUCCGGUGGGAGGAUGAAGAAGCGCGUUGAAGGAGUGGGUUAUCCCAAGAGGGCGAGUGUCGGUGGCCGUCGUCGGGUUUGGAAGACCAGAUCGCUGCUUGACGCUGUUGACAUGUUGCAUCGGCUGUUGGUUUGGUAUUUGAUUGCGGCCUUGUAA